GCGGGCAGCACAGGAUGCGAUCGCACGAUCCUACCCGUGAGCAAUCUCCCAACUCAUCUGUGGUAGGGACACAAGAAGUAUAUGUAAUUUUAUAGCAUCCGCAAGAGUGCAGCACACAAGUUCGCGUUAAAUGUUUCGAAUGUACACAAUCUCUUAUAAUUUAAGGUUAAGGGAACUCAAUUCAUCAAGGAUCAAAACAUUGAGAAUUGUGUUCCUUGUUUAUACAAAAUAGGAAUAUACGUACCGUGGUUACAUUAUUUGAAAAUGAUGUUGUUCCGUGAGAUUUAAUAUUUUUAUUUGUAAGUUAGUCCGUAAAGUUAGAUAAACGCACAGCCAUGUUUCGAGAGACGGCAAGAAUUUCCAUUGAGGAUGGAAGUGCUCCAUCAGCUACUCAUGUUGUGAAUCUUCGUAUGGAAGACUUGCUAGAGAAACUGAAAUUACUCAACUAUGAUAUCGAAUUUGUCCAAGAAUUAAAGAUGAAACCAAUCAAUAGGCACUAUUUUGUUUCGUCAACAAAUCCUGGGGAACAGUUUUACGUGUUCACCUCUUUGGCUGCCUGGCUUGUCAGAAAGGCAGGAAAAAGUUUUGAUCCUCCUCAAGAGUAUGACGAUCCUAAUUCAACGAUAGCUUUUAUUUUGGAUCACUUGAGAGAAUUAUCUGUACCGGUGGAAUUUCCUCCUAAUAAACUAAAACAGGGAGCUGGAGAACAUGCAAUUUAUGUGUUAGACUAUUUGGCGGAUGAAGCUUUGAAAGCUGUUAAAUUUAAAUGGAAGAAGAUACAGAUUCCUCCUGAUGAACCAACUCCAGAACCGGAGAUUGACGAUGACGAUGCAGAAUUGAUUUUAGAAAGAGUUGAAGAGGAGAUCAUUGCUGAACAAGAGGACGAAGAAGACGUUUUACACAUUGAUGAUAUCACAAGGCUUUAUCGGCAGAAUGCAGUCGAUUUGGUCAAGCCAGAUAAUAUUCUAGAAUCCAAAACAGAUACAGAGGAGUGGAAGCUGGAAUUGGAAAGAGUCUUGCCACGAUUAAAAGUCACGGUAAAAACCGAUCCACGCGACUGGAGGGCUCAUCUUAAUCAAAUGAAACAACAUCAUGCAAAUAUUGCAACUCAUCUUGCUGGGACCAAAACUCAAUUAGAAAGACUUCACACUGAUAUUAGCAAUACAUUCGAAAAAAUUAAGAAUAGAGAAUUGCAUUUAAAUAGACAACUGGAACCUGUUCUUACCAACUUCAGAAGCCUCCAGGAAGAAUUAUCGAAAGUUAAAGAACAGUACAGAGAUGUUAGUGGAGGGGUUACGGAACGGACAAGAGUCCUAAACAAAUUGAAUGAUGAAUUAGAAACAACUAAAAGAGAAAUGGACGAGCGAGGUUCCAGCAUGACGGAUGGAACUCCUCUUAUAAAUGUCAAGAAAACGAUUACAAGAAUGAAAGGAGAAAUAUCUGAAAUGAAUGUCCGUAUAGGAGUACUAGAGUACAGUUUGAUGUGUGCAAGACUAAGAGACCGUACUCAAUUACAAGAAGAAAUGAACAGCACAAGUAGUACGGUACUCGUAUAAAAUAUAAACCAUCACUUAAACUCUUUGAGAUUCUCAUAUCUACAAAGAAAGUACAAAUGUAUAAAACUAGUCAUUACAUAGAAAUAUUUAAUUGCAGCCUAACUGAAUUUCGUUUAUUUAAUAAUUUAAGCUCAAGUAAAAACCAGUCACUAUUGUCAGAAACUGAGGCACUAAAUGUACGUAAAGAUAUACACUUUGUAGAUUCGGGGUUCAAAUUAGAAUCUUUGAAUAUAUUAUCCGAAAUAAUG